CUUGAUCGGUUUGUCCCUGACCCGCCGCCUCGUUCAUCAAAACAAUUUCGUCGAUUUACAAGAGACACCGCCCGGGUCUCACUGCCCACUGCCCUCUCUCGCCAGCUUAGGUCAACACACUCCCGGCACCAAGAUGCGCGACCCCUUCCCGAUUUUGCCGAUUCCGGCUUUGAGCAGGGCCGUCGAGCCCCUGGCCGAACGCUUGAGCAUGCCGACGCUCCCGAUCCACAUCCACGAGGUCGUCGGCGCCGCCCUGUUCUACACCCUGAUCCAGGUUGUCGUCUCGCCCGUGCUGUCCGCCCGACUCUUCCCAAAGUACUACCCGGUCCACAACCGCACCAAGAAGGCCAACUGGGACACCCACGUCGUCUCGCUCGUCCAGAGCUUGCUGAUCAACGGCCUGGCGCUGUGGGUUAUGUUCGCCGACGAGGAGCGCAAGAACAUGGACUUUGAGCAACGCAUCUGGGGGUACACGGGCGCUUGCGGCUUGACCCAGGCCCUGGCGGCCGGCUAUUUCGUCUGGGACUUGGGCAUCACGCUCCUGAAUCUGGACAUCUUUGGGCUCGGCCUGCUGGCCCACGCCAUCAGCGCCCUGACCGUGUACAUAUUCGGCUUCCGCCCUUACCUGAACUACUACUCCCCCAUUUUCAUCCUCUACGAGCUCUCGACCCCCUUCCUCAACAUCCACUGGUUCUUUGACAAGCUCAAUAUGACGGGCUCCAAGCCUCAGCUCUACAACGGCAUCGCCCUGCUCACCACCUUCUUCCUCUGCCGCCUGGUCUGGGGUACGUAUCAGUCCGCCGUCGUCUACGUCGACAUGUGGUACUCUCUCACCCGCGUGCCUUCGCCGGAAUAUAUCGCCGCCGCAUUCGCCGACCCGCUGACGGCCUCCGACCCGGACGCGAACCCCAUGUUCUUUUCCCCCGACCCCCAGCCCGUGCCUGUCUGGCUGACCGCCCUCUACCUGGCCAGCAACCUCGUGCUGAAUGCUCUGAACUGGUACUGGUUCGUCAAGAUGAUAGCCGCCGUGCGCAAGCGCUUUGAGCCGCCCAAGCCCGGCAAGAAGGAGCCGCUGCCGGCCGAGCCGGUACCCGCGUCGGCUAAGGCGUCAGCCGUAGAUCGCAAGGACAGCGUGACCGCGCGGCACCGCCGGACACCCUCGAUUGCCAUUGAGGACGUCGUUCCGGAUACCGAGGAGCUUAGGGAGGGUACGAUUCAGUGAGCCGUCCCCGCGGAGCAUAAGUGUGAGGUGUAAGCUGCCGCUGUCAUAGACGUGAUCUUCGGAUCACGAAAGAGAAUCUGGGGGACCGGGGGAAGAGGGUCACACGAGAUGGGUGUAAAUCAACACCAGAGCAUGGCACGGCCAUGAUUGAACCGGAUUUGACCGGAUCGGAUCGGUUCCGUGGGACGUCAACUCCCUCUUUGCUCUCCCAAGCGGAAUUUUCGCGUGGAGCCUUGAUCUUCUGUGUGUGGGGGGACGUCGUGAGGAGUCAGGUGUUUGCCGAGUUUAUCAAGUAUAGAACGUUUUCAUAUCAGGCCAAAUCAACCUCCGCUUGGUCCGUGUCUGUCAGCUGAGGGAGAGAAAACAAACAUGGGUAAGCGAGAUGGGGGAGGGGAAAGGAGGAAAUCUCAAGCUCCUACUAGUCAGAGUCGCGCCAUCUCGUGAUCAUUGUAUCCCCAUGAUAACCUGCCGCACCCCUAUGAGACUCAUACCAAGUAGCAUGACACCUGACCUUCCCAACUAACGACUGCGGCGCUUGGGACGGAACGGUGUCCCAUUAUUGUACAUACG